AAAAGUAUUUGUUUUGAGGAAUAAAUAAAAAUGGCAACGAGUGGCUCCGGUGCGGUAUUCUUUUUAGGCACGCGAGCGCAUUAUCAGGUGCUAAACCAGCCCGAGUCGCAAUACGACGCGGAAAACGGCAACACUUCGACGGAGACGAUAUACCAGAACCCAUCAGUCCAGGAGUUGUGGCCGGAGCAGAAGCGGGACGAUAAUGAACGCUGGGGGUAUUGCGAGCAGGAAGUCAGUUUAUCAGAUGAGAGGGAGAAAUCGGACAGUUUGCUGCGCUCGCGACGCAGACAAAGUACGGCAGCACUGUGCGAGGGAGAUGACAUGAAGCCUGCACUACUGAACUCUGUGGGGAACAGUGGCCCAACGAAAUGUCCAAAAGGCCGUGGUACUCUCCUGACCCUGCUGUGGUCGCUGGCUCGACGCAAGCGACGCGGUAUGACCAACGACGAGCUCUACCUACGACAUAUUGACAGCGCACUUACUAACAACUGCACCUAUAGGGAAAGCUGUCGGUGCUUGGAGUGCCAGGUAAGGACAUUUUUUGAUGGAAUGCAGAUUACCUAUGCA